UAGUAGGAAGUAGAGACUGUACAUGCAGUAAGGCACAGUUGUUGACAGUUACGCCGCUGUCGAUAAGAGAUGAAGACAAGCGAAGAACAAAUUGAUGUUGGAUUGAAUCACUAGUAGACAGGAGAAUUAUAAAGAUUGAGCAGACAAUGGCGAAGACCUACACAGUGAGUGACCCUCAAGACUGGCAGUCUGCCACUGACUUUGCUGAGACGAAUUUGACGAUGUUGACACACAAGAUUGCUUGUGACGUCAGUUUCCGCGUUGGUCUUAAAAGGGAGAUAAUAAUGGCGCACAAGUACAUUCUGGUCAGCAGGAGUUCUGUGUUUUUUUCCAUGUUUUAUGGUCCCCUGGCGGAGAAAGCUGAAGUUGAGAUUCCAGAAAUUGACUCGGAUGUGUUUCACAGUUUCUUAAGGUACCUGUACACCAACAGCGUGGAAUUGACCACCGACAGCGUUACCGGUUUAUUGUAUGCUGCGAAGAAGUACUCCGUGAAGUCCCUUAGUGAAAAAUGUGUGAGUUUCUUAGACUCCGCCCUCAAUGCCGACAAUGCGUGUGACAUCUUAGAACAAGCGCAUCUCUACAAUGAGGAAGACCUUGCUGGCACGGCACUACGAGUCAUCACUGUCAACGCUCUGGACGUCUUCAAGUCUUUAAGCUUUAAGGAAAUGUCAAGACAAUGUCUCAACAGAAUACUCGAAUCAGACGAUUUGCGAGCAGACGAAAUGAGCGUGUUUUGUGCUGUCCUCUGGUGGUCGGAGGCUGAAUGCGUGAGACAGGGAAGGGAGAUAACUCCUGAUUCAAAAUGUGAUGUGUUAGGAGAUUCUAUCAACUACGUGCGAUUUCCACUGAUUGGACUGAAGUCGUUUGAACUGUGCAUAGGAAUAUUAGAUAAAGACUGGCUUAGUCUACUACGACCUUUCUUUGACACUAGAAUUGACAUUGAUGAAUGUACCGCAUCAUCUAUGUCGGCACGACCUCGUAAACAGCUUCCAACCAGAGUAAACCGGUUUUUGAAGACAGAGGAAUCUCUUUCGUGGACAUUCAAUGAGAAACGGAGUGACGCCAUAUCAUUCUCGUGCGACACGCCAGUGGAACUGCUGGGUGUCAUGCUAUAUGGAGCUUUCCCAACCCCAGAUGCAAACCGCAUUAUUUCGUAUUCAGUCGAAUGCAGUAUUGAAGAGGAUCUACGACAAGAUUAUCUGUCCCAUACGUUUUUCAAAGGCGGGAAUGUAUUGGAGGGGUCUUAUGUGGAGAAAACAGUUUUGGUCAGCGCCCAAGAGCACUUCAUGGACGUGCUUUUUGAGACCCCAUUGCAUUUGACCAAGGAUUUGAAAUAUACAAUUGUGUUGAAUGUUUGCGGGCCUGAUUCUAGAAGGGGGUGCAGGGGACGAUCUACAUGCGUCAAAGACGAAGUCUGCUGGACGUUUAAUUCAUCCUCAAAGAGCAAGAACAGUACAGACGUGGAACACGGACAGAUUCCAGGUCUCAUCUACAGUUGUUUGUGAAAGAACACUGCCGCACUGUUCACUGCCAGCUGCCACCUGCUCAUAGUUCGCAGUUCAUCUACUACACCUCAGCUUUUUCGUACGAUUAUGCAAUUCCUGACGCACUUGUCUCCAUAGUGUCACAUUUCUGUAUAUUUAUCACUGAAUUGUACCAAGUGCAAUAAAUAUUUUAUACUGUU